GUUGUGGUGGUUUACAUAUUGAAUCUAGGUUUCUCACAACCAGCUUGAAUUCUUGGACUUCAAGAAUGCAGUUUGCUGAAUGCAAGGAUUAGCAGUAAACAUCAGUAACAUCAUGACAGGAAGUACUCUGACCAAAAAGUCCCCCUUGUACUUUAACCUGGUGAGGCAUGGAAACCACAAGGUCUCUGGAGGUGUGCUGUAGCGUCUGCAAGCCCUUACAAAAAAGCCCUACAUCUGGCAUGCUCCACAUCUGGCAAGUAAAAAGAAUAUAUGCCAUAUAUUCAGUAAUACUAAAUCUCAGUGGAAUGUGCUGCACAGCAUGCAACACUGCAGAGUAUGAAAUUAAUGGAGAAUGCUGUCCAAUGUGUGCUCCUGGUCAACAUGUGUUAAAACACUGCAACAGUCAAUCAGGCACGCAGUGUAAAGUGUGCACUGGAUCAACCUACACCGAUGUCCCGAACGGACUGACCGCAUGUCUCCCCUGUGCUGUGUGUGAUGAAGGUAAUGGAGUACAUGUAAAGCAUAAGUGUUCAUCCACUUCAGAUGCACUCUGUGAGCCUUUGUCAGGAUAUUAUUGUACAGAAACUCAGGCUUUUGCCCACAAAUGGAAGAGCAUAUCAUGGAUCCAGGAUUUUUAAAUUCAGCAGAUCAGGUUAAUCCUGGACAUGACAAUUUAUGACGUUUUGUAGCAGAAUUCCCAGAAGAAGACUGGCUCCAUUGAGAUAUAACUAUAUAACUAUUUCCCCUUAAUAAAUGAAAUAAUCAUUUAAAAACUGCAUUUUGUAUUUACUUGCAUUAUCUUUGUGUAAUAUUAAAAUUUGUUUGAUUAUCUGAAUCUUUUAAGUGUGACAAAUAUGCAAACAAAAAAAAAGAACAGGAAGGGGCAAAAACCUUUUAACAGCACACUAUUUGUUAGAUAAGUUCACUUUUUGAGCUGAUGAAUGAGGAAAAUGAGAGGGAAAAAAGAGUAGAAGGGGUGAACUCUGUGGAACAGAAAAUAGAUAAGAUUAGAAAGGAUGAAGUCAGGAAGGCUUAGAAGAGGAUGAAAAGUGGAAAGGUUGGUCCUGACGACAUCCCGGUGGAGGUCUGGAAAUGUCUAGGAGAGACAGCAGUGGAAAUUUUAACUAGUUUGUUUAACAGGGUUUUAGAGAGUGAGAAGAUGCCUGAGGAAUGGAGAAGAAGUGUAUUAGUGCCGAACUUUAAGAAUAAGGGGGACAUGCAGAGUUGCAGCAACUAUAGGGGGAUAAAAUUGAUGAGCCAUACAAUGAAGCUAUGGAAAAGAGUAGUGGAAGCUAGGUUAAGGAAGGUAGUGGAAAUUUGUGAGCAGCAGUAUGGCUUCAUGCCCAGAAAGAGCACAACAGAUACAAUUUUUGCUCUGAGAAUGUUGAGAAUUGGGAUGGUCAGAGAGAGUUGCACUGUGUGUUUAUAGACUUGUAUGACAUGGUACCAAGAGAUUGUAUGAGGAAGUCAGGAGUAGCAGAGAAGUAUGUCAGAGUGGUGCAGGACAUGUAUGAGAGGAGCAGGACAGUGGUGAGGUGUGCUAUAGUUCAGGGAGAGGAGUUCAAAGUGGAGGUGGGACUGCAUCAGGGAUUGGCUCUGAGCCCCUUCCUGUUUGCUAAGAAGCGGGUGCACGCAGGAAUGGGUGGAGAAAGGUAUCGGGAGUUCUGUGUGAUAGAAAAAUAGUAUAAUAUUUGUUUUUGUUAUAGUUCCAGAAUUGAGAAAAAAUAUGAAGUACAAAGUAUGUAUUCAAUAGACAAUUUAAAACAUUUGAAGCAAUACACUUUCUACUAUUAAAUUAUGGCAUUAAAUGAUAAGAAUAAAUGGUAUUAAAUAUUAAACAAACAAACAAUUAAAUAAAUAAUGACAUAUCAUCAGUUUACAUUUGGAAGAUUAGGAGGAGUAGGAAGCACUGUUGUAUUGUAUAGAAACUCAGGGUGAGAGCUGCAGAAAAGCCAGAGAGCACUCCACCUGUCUUCCUUGACAAUACAUCUACCAGAACGGUUAGCAUUUUAACUUUAUAUGUAAUACACAGUAAUUUCACAUGUUUUUUCAUGGAAAACAAGGACAUUUCCAAGUAAACACAAACUUUUGAUUUGUAGAGUACAUGGUAAUUUUUAUUUCAUUAUUCCUCUGUAUUCAGUCAAACAGUUUUAUCCAGAAAAUAUAUAAUUCUUUACAGAAACAGCAUGUGGAUACAGUAUGUAAGGACUGCCAAGGACUGUAAGGACUUUGGAAGAAAAAGAAAAAAACAACAUAUUGUAAAAUUAACAUAUUGUAAUAAUCAUUUUAACUGUGAAGAAACAUGUUAUACUCUGUAUAUGUGUAUAUAUGUGUAGAGCAGGUAAAAUAAAUCUUGAACAGCCAUAAACCGUGUAAUCUGGGCCUCAUUUUUGGGGUUUUGGUGCCAUCUCUACUAGUGGUGGUCAUAUUAAGUAUUUUACUUUGGAAGAAAAAAAAAUUAACAUAUUGUAAUAAUCAUUUUAACUGUGAAGAAACAUUUUGUACUCUGUAUAUGUGUAUACAAUUAUAAAAAAAAGUCUUGAACAUGUCAACAUUUUUCUUAAAUAUAUUUCUAAAGGUGCUACUGACAUGAAAUUUUCACCAGAUGUUGGUAACAACCCAUGCAAUUCAGACAUGCAAAGAAAUCAAACCAUUAUGUUAAACCAUUAAACCGCCAUGUGUAAUAAUGUGAAAUGACACAGGGAAAAAGUACUGAACACAUGAAAAAAGGGAAGUGCAAAAAGGCAUGGAAAGCCAAGACACCAGCUGAAAUCAACCAGUAAUUAGAAAGCAAUCCUGCCCCUUGUCAGUGCAAUUUAAUAUCAACUAGUUCAAUCCCAACUAGUGGUAGUAAAAACGAUUCUUUUUAAAGACUCGGGUUUUGUCGAGUCACUCAUUAGGUGCGUUUACAU